AUGGCGGCGGCUAGUAUGCUGAAAUCGGAGGAUUUCCGCAUACUCCCCGCCGCCAUGGCUUCAAGGUACAGUGGUACAGAGAUUAAGACACCUGCCUGCCAGAGGGACUUGGAGCAAAGAAGACUGUGGACUGUGGGAGACGAUUCCACGGUGCGUGGUUUGCUGGAGGAGCCUGAAAUGUUAAAACUUCCAAACUUCGUUUUCGACAGCGAUCCUUUGGAGAUAUUGAAGGUCCCGGCGCACGGUGGGCGUCGCUGGUCUGAGAGAAUUGACGUGGAGCCAGCUGCAUCCUUCAGCACAGACGUGCUGUUGUCUGCUAUGCACACAGACUAUCACCCUGUGGUUCGGGAAAUGGUCCUGAAGCUGUACAGCACUCUGGAGGAGGCCAUGGCAGCCUACAAUCAGAGAUGCAGCGACCCCGACGCAGUCACCAAGGAGAUCAACGGGGAGCAAUUUGCCUCAAGGCAGCGAGCUGACCUUGGCGAUGGUGAGCAGCUGGAUGGUUUCGAGGACGAGAUCCAGCCGAGGAUGAAGCGGGCGAAGGACAAGCUAGGAGCGGCUUCUUUCUGA